AACUUCAUUCCCCUCCACAGAGGGAGAACACAUGUUGGAGAUACAACACAAGCACAACAGGAAGGGGCAGAGAAACACGGGGCUGAGACUCCUGUUGCUGGAUUACUUCUCUCAAGUUGAAGCUUUUUGACUGAGGAAGUUUGUAUGUGAGGAGUGAAUGUGACUCGCCGCUUGCAGACAUGGACGCGUCCUUUGCUGUGAGCGCUCUCCUCCUGGUCUGCGUCCAGGUCUGGGCCGCCAUGGACUCGUGCUACGACGAGGAGGUGGCCCCCAGCCGCUGCAUGCCCAGGUUCGAGAACGUGGCCUUCAACCGCACCGUGGAGGUGUCAAACGAGUGCGGCUCCCCACCCGAGGACUACUGCAUGCAGACGGGCUCCACGCGCUCGUGCCACCACUGCGACGCGUCGGACCCCGACUGGAACCACAACGCCGGCCUCCUGACAGACUUCCACAGGAACGAGGAGCCCACGUGGUGGCAGAGCCAGUCCAUGUACUACGGCAUCCAGAACCCCAACUCUGUCAACAUCACCCUGCACUUGGGCAAGGCCUUUGAGAUAACCUACGUACGGCUGAAGUUCUACACCAGCCGCCCGGAGAGCUUCGUCAUCUACAAGCGCACGGAGGAGGCCGGGCCCUGGGUGCCCUACCAGUACUACAGCGCCUCCUGCAAGGAGACCUACGGGAAGGACGCCAAGGGCUUCCUGCGCCCCGGCGACGACGAGAGGACGGCUCUUUGCACGGACGAGUUCAGCGACAUCUCCCCCCUCACCGGUGGCAACGUGGCGUUCUCCACCCUGGAGGGACGGCCCAGCGCCUACAACUUUGACCAGAGUCUGGUGCUGCAGGAAUGGGUGACAGCCACUGACCUGCUCAUCUCUUUGGACAGGCUUAACACCUUUGGAGACGAGUUCUUCAAGGACCCUAAAGUGCUGCGCUCCUACUUCUAUGCCAUCUCUGAUUUCUCUGUGGGUGGCAGAUGUAAGUGUAACGGUCACGCUAGUGAGUGUGUGGAAGGGGAACACGGUGGCCUGGUCUGUUCCUGCCAACAUCACACAGUGGGAGCUGACUGCCAGAGAUGUCACCCCUUUUACCAGGACAGACCCUGGGCCAGGGCCACUGGGGACUCCGCCAACGAGUGUCUGAGAUGCAACUGCAGCGGGAGGUCGGAGGAGUGCGUGCUGGACAUGGAGCAGUACCGCAGCACCGGCAGUGGGGGGCGCUGUGUGAGCUGCAGAGACAACACCGAUGGGCCCCACUGCGAGCGCUGCAGAGAGAAUCACUACAGGGCGUCUCCAGCUGGGCCCUGCCUGCCCUGCAACUGUAAUGUCUAUGGCGCGGCGGGUCUGCAGUGCGACGCGGAUGGAAGGUGUGCGUGUCGAGCCGGCGUGACGGGGGAGAAGUGUGACGCGUGUCGACCGGGCUUUCACUCUCUGGGUCCCGGUGGCUGCAAGCCGUGCGAGUGCGACCCCAGUGGAAUCGUGGACGAGUGCCGGCCUCAGGACGGGCGGUGCCGCUGCAAGGCCAGCGUGGAGGGCCAGAGCUGCGACAGAUGCAAGCCGGGUUUUUUCAACCUUCAACCAGUGAACCCAGCGGGCUGCCAGCCCUGUUUCUGCUUCGGCCACUCACUGGCCUGCUCCUCGUCCACUCACUAUGCAGCUGUCAACAUCACAUCUGACUUCAUCGAAGGUCAGGAUGGCUGGCUGGGAGAGUUCUCUGGGGGACAGCUGGACCACCUGCAGUGGAAGGAGGGGGAGGUCUACCUGCUGCCUAUAAGCGACAAUGACACUGGCUUCUACAAAGCACCUGAGAAAUUCCUGGGUCACCAAGUCUCCAGCUACGGGCAGCCUCUGGUCAUCACCUUCACCUCUGAGACCCCGGAGCUGCUCCCCAAACGCAUCACCCUGCUCCUCCAAGGCUCUGGCUUCACCAUAUCCGCUGACCUUUCACCCCAACCUGGGCUCGGCUACGACCCCGGGCUCCCGCCGCGGAGCUCCUUCGUCGUCAGGCUUCAUGAACAUGAAAGGAGGUUCAGCCCCUCGCUGUCUGCCUUCGACUUCCUCCGGCUCCUUCACAACCUGACCUCUGUCAGGAUAAGCAACGCUGGAGGACACAACUACACAUCACAGCUGGCGGGGGCGGCCCUGGCCUCCGCCGUCCCCUCCUCCGGUCCGGCCCGACCACCCGCUCCCUGGGUGGAGUCUUGCUCCUGUCCGCCGGCUUUCGCGGGCCAGUUCUGCGAGCGCUGCGCUCCGGGCUUCACCCGGGAGGUCCCCGGCAGCGGGCCGCUGACGGCGUGCGUGCCGUGCAACUGCCACCAGCACGGGAGCUGUGACCCGGAGACAGGUGUGUGCGAGUGCUCACACUUUACCGCCGGGGUGACCUGCGAGCGCUGCCUGGACGGUUACUAUGGCAACGCCGUGAUUGGCACACCUGCUGACUGUCAGCCGUGCCCUUGCCCCGACAGCAGCAGCUGUGCCCAGAUUGUACAGACAGGACAGGUGGUCUGUACCAACUGCCCCCCAGCACAGACAGGGACGCGCUGUCAGAUGUGUGAAGACGGUUACUAUGGCGAUCCCCUGGGGCAAUCUGGAGAAGCUCGACCGUGUCAGAGGUGCGACUGCAACGGCAACGUGGACUUCAACGCCGUCGGAAUAUGCGACCACGUCAGCGGGCGAUGCCUGAAGUGCCUCGGGCACACGGAGGGGGAGCGCUGCCAGCGCUGCCAGCGGGGUUUCUACGGAAACGCCUUAAACCACACAGCUGGCCCGAAGUGCGAGCCCUGCAGCUGCAGUCCGGCCGGAACCUCCGGGCCUGUGAACGAGUGCCACCCUCACACAGGCGCCUGCCAGUGCCUCGGCCACGUGGGCGGCCGGGACUGCAGCCGCUGCGCCGUCGGCUUCUUUAACCUCCAACCGGGCGCGGGAUGCGAAAGGUGCAAGUGUAAUCCCGUGGGCUCCUCGUCCCCCGCGUGUCACCCGGUCACGGGGCAGUGUGUGUGUCAGGCGGGAGUGCAGGGGACGCUGUGCGACUCCUGCCGCGCCGGCUUCUUUGGAUUCUCGUCACGAGGUUGCAGAGCCUGCAACUGUGACCCCAUGGGCUCCGUCUCCAUGCAGUGCCACGGCAACGGCACCUGCCGCUGUCGCCAGGGCUUUGUGGGCUACAAGUGUGACAAAUGUGAGUUAAACUAUUUCCACAACAGAGCCACACAUCAGUGCGAGGAGUGUCCCGUGUGCUACGGCCUUGUCAAGAAGCAGGCGGAAAAGCUGAAGAGCCGCCUGCAGGAUUUGGAGGAGCUGCUGGCUCACUUUGAUUGCCGAGGUAGAUCUGGGAAGCAGCAGCACCUGCUGAAAUAUCACAUGGCCCGACUUUAUGAGCAUGAGCACCAGGGGGAGGACACUCUGCCCAAUGCUCUGGAGGAUUUCCUGGCCGUCCAAGAAGCACGGGACGCCUUCCUGAAACAAUUCUCCAUGCUGGAAGCCUCGGCGGGCACGCUCCUAGCCCAGCUGCACGGCAUCACCGCUUCCUUGAACUGCAGCAUCAGCGUGACCGAGGAGGAGGAGGAGGAGGAGGAGGAUGAAGGCAGCAGCGAGUGUCGGACCUUCACCGGCGCUGUGCUCGCGAUCACAGCAUCUCAGGGACGGCUGAAGCAGGCGACACUGGCCCUGGACAACAUGGUCAUUCCUUUUGAGGUGAUGUCGGGGCCUAAUAAGUGGAACGUUCUGGUCAAUGACUCACACUUCUUGAUGAAAAGUCACGGAGAAAUGGCGGAGGACAUCGAGGCCGUGGCCAGCAGUGCGGCGCGAGCCUCUAAACAGGCCUUCAGCCUCCUGAUGGAUCUACUGCAGGACAACUCCACGGAGGAGUAUAUCAGCAGGCUAACGGAGCAAAUAAGCCAAAUGCAGCGGCAGAAGGAGAACCUGACGGCGCAGGUGAACCGAACCGACGCCGAGCAGCUGGUUCUGGAGCAGGAAGCGGCCGCGUUGGACCGGGCCCUGGGCAACGUCACCGCGUCGCUGCAUCGGCUGGAGCCGACAGACGCCGCGGAGGUCGGCGACGACCUGCUGAAGCGCACACGGGAGCUGGAGCAGCGGGUGGAGAGCGGGGGCGAGCUCAUCGGGAACAUCAGCGGCGGGGCGCGGCGCGUGAGGGAGGCGGUGAGGGGGAAGAUGGAGGCGGUGGACGGCGUCAGCGAGCUACAAGCGCACGUCCAGGCAGCAGAGGCCGCGGCGCUGUCGUCCGUGGUGACGGGGAAAGCGGCGGAGUCGGAGGCCAUCGCUCUGCACAGGGAGCUCCAGAACAUGGCGAGGGAGUGGCCCGUCCAGCUGACCCAGACCACGGCUGCAAUGAAGAAGGUCAAACCUCUGGAGGAGAAGGUUCUGGCUGAUGUCAGGAAGAAGGUGGCGGAGGUUGAGACGAUGCUGAAACCGGCCUUGGAAAACUCCACCCUGUCCAACACUACGCAGGAGGCGGAGCAGACGGCCCAGACUGUGGCCAAGGAAUCCAAGGAUGUUCUGACCCAGGCCAAACACACCAAGACUCUAUCGGCUCACGUCAGCUCCCAUAUAGAUUCUGCUCUGCAGCUGCUGUCUGACGCGCCAGCGCACAGGGCGAACGAGACCGCCGCAGAGCCCGAGUUGUCGAUGGCCGACCUGAAAGAAGACAUGGAGGCGGCCAAGCUCCAGAUAGAAGCCUAUACUGUCACACUAACCGAGCUAAUCAGCAAGAUUGACGGGAACGUGCCGCUGGAGCGCUUCGACCGGAUCCUGAGCGAGACGGCGCGGCGUCUUCAGAUGCUCCGCGGGAGCGUGGAGAGCCCGACGCUGGGCCAGAAGAUCCAGAAGCUGCGCUCGGCCGCCGAGGACCAGCAGAGCCGGCUGUCCCUCAUCGAGCGGGACUUGGAGGAGAUCACGGAGGAGAGAGACAGUCUCAGGGACAUUGCCCUGAACUUGCCUCAGUCCUGUCCCCAGGAGACCGGGGCAGGGAUGGGAUAGAGCCAUUCACAAGAACAUCAGAGUGUGGAGGAUUUGGUCUGUGGUCAGUUAUUAGUCAACUUCAAAACUGUUUCAUUCCACUCUUUUUGACUGUUUCUCAGCCGAACCCACAUUUCCACCAAGCAGCUGUCAUCUGAUUUACACUUACUCCUUCACCUUCUUGUCUGUUUCUCCCUCUCCCUCUCUUUACACCAACAGCAUCCAAACUUUAAUUUCACUAUGAAUAAUAACCAGACGUUCUGAACUGCUGGAGUGCACUGUCAAGUUUAAAAUAAUGCUGAUUUCCCUUUGUGGGGGUAUAAGGUGUGUCUGAGUGCUGCUCCAGACUGACACAUUCAUUUACACUUGAGUUAUUUCUCAUCACUCUAGCUUAAUUAACAAUUAGUCCUCUUGGCCUCAGUGGGAUUCAGGUCAGGCUUCAACAGCACACAACCUAGCGAUCAGGAUUCUUACAUUGCCUACCUCUGUUUGUGCUCUCUCCAUUUGUUCCUUCUGCGUCAUCAAAUUCAGAAAAAUCCAUUUUUAGGGUCACGCUUGGUCAUGUUGACUGCUUCCAGGAACAAAAUAUAUUACACUCCUCUCAUUAAUACUGAUCAGGCCACUGGCUGCUAGUUACACAUCUACAUCUAGUUAGAGUGGUUCCAACUACCGUCCCGCCACCAUUACUCACUGAAGUAUACUUGAAGGCUCGUUUUGCAUACAGAGCUGCAUUUUAAUGGAUGCUGCUGUUUGGCAACGUAAAUCACCGUGACGUGGAGGAUGUACUCACAGCUGGAGAAGGAUCAUGAUGCAACAGGAGAAGCUCAGAAAGGAAAAUCAAUAAAAAAAUAAGUAUUCAACCCUUAGAAAACUUGCUUGUUUGAGAAUUAAUCUUUUAGACUUUGGAGGUUUGCAUUAAUAAAAGUGCUUUUACGCCAGAUUUAUUAAAUAUGAGUAUAUAAAUAAAUCACCCAUGGUUCAAAUUCAUAUUUGCUGGUGGUGCAGUGCUUAGUGCUGUUAAAGUACAACUGGAAGGAUAUAUUAUAUGAAUGUUUCCUAAAUUGUCAAUAUUUUCCUUUAACUCCAGGAGCUCCUAAAUUUUUACUGUACACUUCCUUAUUCUGUGCUCUUCUGUUUGGCAGAAACACAAAUAAUACACAGCAUGAUGCACUGGAUGCUGGUUCACAUACUGUAGAGCCCCACAAAUUAAAUAUUUUAUGACA